AAAUUAAUGUUUAUUUACUUGUGAUUUCGGUAUUAGGUUUAUGAUAAUUAUGCUUAAUUAUAAGUUUUAUGCAUUUUGAAAGUGAUUUCAAAAUUUAUACGGAUCACUUGGAGAUUUUUAAGAUUAACCAAGUCAAAAAGUUAAACUUUUCAAGCUGGCUUUCUAUAUUUUUAAACGCAAACCUCUUUAUCUCCUGCACAAAAAAAAAAAGAUGUUUGCUGCUUAUCACAGAAUUCUUACCAAGAGGCCCAUACUUGUUCAAUGUGCAUCGACCGCCAUUCUUUUUGGUGCAGGCGAUGUCAUUGCUCAACAAAUUGUCGAAAAACAAGGAUGGAAGAACCACGAUGUCAACCGAACAUUACGCAUGUCUGCCUUUGGUGGAGUGUUUGCUGGUCCUGCACUCAGUACUUGGUACCGUUUCAUUGAUAAAAAAGUAACAACCACAAAUCGCUUUAAAGGUCUCGCGAUAAAGGUUGGAUUAGAUCAAUUUGUCUUUGCUCCAUUUUUCAUUGCUGCCUUCUUUACAGGUCAGGGCCUAUUUGAAGGUAAAUCCAUCAAUGAAAUCAAGAGUAAAUUGGAAAGUGGUUACACGACGGCUUUAGCAGGAAAUUACAAGCUUUGGCCUGCUGUCCAAAUUGUCAACUUCUAUUUUACACCAUUAAAUUAUCGUUUGAUGGUAACAAACGUAGUAGCUUUAGGUUGGAAUGCCUAUCUUUCAACCGUCAAUCAAAGGUCAUAGUAUAUAUAUUUUAUUAUUUGAAAUUAGCUGGCAUCUCUGCCACACCUGUUCCAUUGAUUUCUGGCACACCAAUCUUAAUAUUCUUGUAUUUCACUACACCUCUUGUCUUGACCUAAUAAAAUGCCCAACAUAUUUUAGCUUCAUCAAAUAAAAUGAUAAAUUUCAUUUACCUUUCCGCCUAAUAGUCCAACA